AUGGCAAGGACUAGUGGAGUCGACUUACCAGUGAAUGAUAUCAUUAACUCCAUCAUUCCGGCUCACAGUGACGGACGCCUUCAUGGCUUAAAACAAGAGUUAAUACAGCUCAAAAAGAAAUUAGAAGACCAAAAGAGACGUGCAGAAGCUUUGAAAAAAGCGAACGAGGACUCAAGAAAGGAUCACUGGUGGAAGAAACCUAUUGAAGAGCUUGACAUAGAGCAGCUCAUGAUGUAUGAAAAGGCGCUGGAAGGACUCGUAAAGAAAAUUCACAUGAAAAUGAAAUCACUUUUUAUUGAUCCUAAUAAUGUUAAUGAACGUACUUCCAUUGACGUUGUAGAGAAUGUCAAACCAUUUGGUGGAAAUUAA